AUAAUUCUCUCUCCUGUUUCCCUCUCUCUGCAACAACCUCGUUGCCUUAUCUUCUCCUUCCUUUCUCGUUGGAACACAGACGAGAACCAACAUUUCGUGUUUUGAAGUUCUGUUGAGAAGAUGAGGGAGGAGGGCAAGUUGGUCUGGCGAAAGAUUCCUGGUCUUGAAAGGUCUAGGAGGUGUUUCAGUGAAGAAACAGAGCAUGCACAAUGGAGGAAGAGGUGGGGAGGUGGCGGUGCUUUUGCUUGUGUUUCAUUGGUGGAGAAGAGCGAGAAAAAAGUGUUUUCUCCGACGGCUGAGCAACUCUUGAAGCACCCAUUGGCGUUGCUGGCUUUCGUGCCGAAAGACGCAGCACUCUUCGUCGCGGGAGCAAUAGCCGGUGCUGCGGCCAAGACCGUCACGGCCCCUCUUGACCGAGCUAAGCUGCUCAUGCAGACUCAUGGUUUACGGGCUGGGCAAGAGAGUUUGAAGAAGGGAGUAGGUUUCAUUGAGGCCCUUGCACUGAUUGGAAAGGAGGAGGGAAUUAAAGGGUACUGGAAAGGCAACCUUCCUCAGGUGAUCCGCAUAAUACCUUACAGUGCUGUCCAGCUUUUUGCAUACGAAACUUAUAAGAAAAUUUUUAAAGGAGAGAAUGGAGAGCUUUCUGUUCUUGGAAGACUUGCAGCAGGGGCUUGUGCUGGCAUGACUUCCACCCUUGUGACAUAUCCUUUAGAUGUUCUGAGGUUAAGGUUAGCAGUUGAACCCGGGUACAAAACCAUGUCUGAGGUUGCGCUUAACAUGCUAAGAGAAGAAGGAAUUGGUUCAUUUUAUAAUGGUCUUGGACCUUCUCUUAUUGGAAUAGCUCCUUACAUUGCUGUGAAUUUUUGCAUUUUUGAUUUGGUGAAGAAAGCUCUGCCAGAGAAGUAUCAGAAGAGGACAGAAGCAUCACUUGCAACAGCUCUUGUGUCAGCAACUCUUGCCACGCUAAUGUGCUACCCUUUAGACACUGUAAGGAGGCAAAUGCAAAUGAAAGGAACCCCAUACAAGACAGUUCUGGAUGCCUUUCCAGGUAUUGUGGCACGUGAUGGUCUCAUUGGAUUAUACAGGGGAUUUGUGCCAAAUGCCCUUAAAAACCUCCCAAAUAGCAGUAUUAGGCUAACCACCUUCGACACCGUUAAAGGUCUGAUUGCAGCCAGCGAGAAAGAGUUCCAGAAAAUCAUGGGAGAAUACAACCGGAAACAAGGCUAAAGCAUCCAUACACAAACAACGCAGAUUUUUUUGUCCUAAUUGUUCGGGUAUCAAUUUCAUUUUUAUUUAUUUUUUCCUUUUGCCGUUUAUAGUGGAAAUAGCCAGGUGGAUUUACUGUAUGAUAUGUAAGAAUUCUAGAGUCGCUAGCAAAUUCUAGUUCGGGCCUUGAAAUUUUGUAAGAAGUGAUCUUUCAUUCAAAGCUCUGAGAGUGCAAAGCCCGUAAAAUACUCUUACACCAGAAGUUCUGUGAAAGGAUCGUUUGUGUAUUA